CACACGUCGAAUACACAUCUAUGAUGUGCUAUUUUGAUUUGUUUCUUACCAUUAUUUACAGUGUGUAACUACCUCACGUUAAAAUUGUUACAUAUUAAGUUAAACGAGAGAAGCUCCAACUAAAUAUAAUGGGGAGACAUACGAUGAUGACUAAAAUUAUAUUAUUAAUGAUCGUUACUGUACUUUUCGGACUAAUUGCCGAAAACAAGGCCACGAUAGCGCAACCAAAGGCACCGAAUUUCCAAUAUUUUGAACGGCCAAAAUAUCGUUAUCCGUAUUAUGACGAGAACGGAAAAGGUAAACUUUUAUACGGCUAUGGAGGUUCUGAUUUGUAUGAAUAUCGAACGUACACUAUUCUCGAAGGUAUACAUUAAUUCUAACAGAAUAAUUAUUUUUUAACAGUGCUCCAUGUCAAUGCAUAUAAUGUGUAUAAGUUAAAAUUCGAUAUUUGCGUUAUACUGUUUCUUUCUCAGAAAUUCUUUUCUAAUUAAAGCAUUAUCAUUAAGCAUAUAAUAACAACAAUGAAUAUUUAUACGAAUUGAUUGACUAUCAUGUAAAUAGAGGUAUAUUUGUACACGAUUAAGCUUGCAACAAUGAGAAAGAAAAAUUAUUUAUUUCUGUAAUCUUUAUUGCUUAGCAUCAAAGAAAACAACGUCUAAAUAGAUCGAAUAUUUUUCAUUUUUGAUUAAUCUAUUGUAAUUCGAUAAAAACUUUUUUCCCGUUGUUGCAAGAAUGCUGCAUUGUUCACUAUGGAAUCAAGGAACAUUACCAGAUCAUUUAUUUUCCACCUAUAAUUAUCUAUAUUCUUAAAGAUAAUAAUAAAUGUAUAAAUUUGUAAAUGUGUUUGACUUUCUUUCAUAGAACAAUUAUUUACCUACAAUUUUUUGUUGAUAGUAGACACUCUUGUAUGAUUUUUAAUAAAUCAGGAUAUAUCCAUAAGAUUAAUGUGCCUUACUAGAGAAUUUCUUUUCUCAAAUCUGAUGAAAUAUCGAAAUCGUUGCUUAAAGAAGAUGACACACACGGGAGUAUUAUCUCGUGGAAAAAGAUACGUGCUAUUAAUAACCAUACACGAUAUUAAAAGGGUAAUGGUAUAAUAUUUGAAGUGCAUGGAAUGU